AUGUCGUACUACGCCGGCCCCACUGGGCACCCGGCUGGGGGUCGCCUCUUCCGGCACAAGCUAACGCCUCAGGAGGAGGAAAUCAUCCGGGUAUCCUUUGAUGCCUUCAGCCAGGAAGAGCUGAACGAUAAGGGUGAGACCAUCAAAGACGCGAAAACAGGGGAACCUGUGAGAGUCAUCACCAUAGAAUCGCUGCGACAAGCGUUCACGCAGAUCGAUGCUUCCAGCGACAUCCACGAUGUCCAGCUCAUGAUUGAUGACAUCGAUGCGAACAACGAUGGCAGGAUUGACCAGAAUGAAUGGCGAGGCAUCAUGAGCCGAAAGCUUCUGGGCGAAGACAGCCUGACCUCUGCGCCGCACACCUUUGAGGCCCUGGACGACAACAAGGAUGACUACAUCCCCGCAGUAGAGCUUCGGGCGCUGCUUAUGAAGGAGGGCCAGGCGCCCCUCAGCGAGCAGGAGGUUGACGAGCUGCUGCUCUUUGCCGACCCGGACCAUGAUGGCCUUGUGAACUACAAGGAGUUCUUGAGGUGGCUGAACAACCCAUACCUGCACCACAGCUACAGCGACUGA